AAUCGCCCCAGUUCAAACACCAUGUCGAUCGAUUCGCAAGGCGUGGCACCGACCACUGCGCACACCCGCCACCCAUUUGACCCCGUCACACCGCACGAGAUCCGACUGGUGGCCCGCAUCCUGGAAGCGGCGUUUCCGGGAGUUACGUUGCGGUACAAUCGGAUUGAUCUCCAUGAGCCGAUCAAGAACGAUGUCGUUCCAUAUAUCGAGGCAGAGCGUUUGAGAAAACCCCUGCCUCCGAAACCAGCCCGUCUGCUGUACUCUUACUUUCACCGCCAGGAUAACGGCGCAUGUUACAAAAGCUUGGUGAAUGUGGACAGUAAAACCGUCGUCUCCACCAAGGCGAUCCCCGAAGGUGUCCAGGUCCCGGUUGAUAUCGACGAACUCAUCGACAUUGAAAGCCUCUGCAUGGAACAUCCGGCGGUCAAGGCCGAAAUUGAGAAGCUCAAGUUGCCUCCGGGGGUGACGGUCUGUAACGACCCGUGGAUGUACGGCUCGGACAAUGCCAACGAGACGCGCCGACUGUUCCAAUGCUUCAUGUAUAUGGUGUCGGUGGACCACCCCCAAAACAACCAUUACUCUCUUCCUUGCAAAUUCUCUCCGGUUUUCGACCGCCAUACUAUGGAAUUAGUGCGUAUGGAUUACUUGCCUGGCGGAGCAGACACAGCCAGCACCGAAACGCAGCCUUGGAAGCCCGUGGAAACCAUCCAAUAUGCCCAUGACCUUCUGAACGAACCGCUGCGAACAGACCUCAAACCCUACAUUGUCCAGCAACCCGAGGGUGCUUCUUUUUCGACGGACGGUAACUCUGUCUACUGGCAGAAAUGGCGCUUCCGGGUGGGGUUCAACAACCGGGAGGGCAUGGUACUGUAUAACUUGACGUACGAUAACCGUAACAUCCUGUACCGCCUGGCGGUUUCCGAAAUGACGGUCCCUUAUGGAGAUCCUCGUGCCCCGUACCACCGAAAGCAGGCUUUCGAUGUGGGCGAUGUCGGCUUCGGUCUCAACGCCAACCAGCUCUCGCUGGGCUGUGACUGCCUGGGUCACAUUAAAUACUUUGACGGAUACCGAGCGGAUUCCAAGGGCAACCCGGUCCUGUUAAAGAACAUCAUCUGCAUGCACGAGCAGGACAACGGCCUGCAACACAAACACACCAAUUACCGGUCUGGGGCGGCGACCGUCGUGCGCAACCGCCAGCUGGUACUCCAAAUGAUCUGCACCGUAGCAAACUACGAGUACAUCUUCGCCUACAUCUUCGACCAAGCAGCGAACGUCGAACUGGAAGUCCGCGCCACCGGAAUCCUAUCCACGGUCCCAUUCGACCACAAAACCGGCGAAACCGUCCGCUGGGGCACCAACGUCGGACCAGGCGUGAUGGCCCCCUUCCACCAACACAUGUUCUCCCUGCGCGUGGACCCCGCAAUCGACGGCUUCAAAAACACAAUCUACUACGAAGACAGCGUGCCACUCCCCGAAGACGAAAACAACCCCUACUUCGUAGGCUACACCACCGAGCAAAACACAAUCCACCAGUCCAGCUCAGCAACCACCGACAUCGCCCGCCACCGCGUCUUCAAGAUCCGCAACGACAACGUGAUCAACCCCAUCACCUACAAACCAGUCGCAUACAAGCUCAUGGCCGCGCCCAGCCAAAUGCUCCUCCUCAGCCCAAAAGCCAUAGGCCAUCGCCGCGCAGAGUUCGCCAGCAAACCCAUCUGGGUCACAAAGUAUCAAGACGACGAGCUAUACGCCGCCGGCGAAUUCACCAACCAGAGCAAGCGUGCGCACGGCGUCGAGACAUGGGUCCAGCGAGGCGAUAAUACCGAGAAUGAAGACGUAGUGCUUUGGCAUACAUUCGGCCUCACCCACAACCCCCGCAUCGAAGACUUCCCCGUCAUGCCCAUGGAGCGCAUCAGCGUCAUGCUCCGCCCAGACGGGUUCUUCACGAAGAACCCCGCCUUAGACGUCCCGCAGUCGUCUCAGUCGUUUAACCAGUCGACCUUGCACCCGCCGGCAGCAGCAGCACCAGCUCCAGCUCCAGCGUGCUGCUCUGGUGGUGCGGGAGCUGGCAAGGCGAAGCUGUUUAAGCGUGUGGAGUAGUCGACUAAUUGACUUACUAGAGUAGCGGGUUAUAUGUAAAGGGGGAAUAUGGGGGGAGUUUGGAC